AACUGUAAUUUUACAAAUACCUUCAAGCUUGUUCUAUGAGAUUUCAACAUGGAGAAUGUCACUGAAGUUUCUAUAUUUGUACUGAAAGGCUUCACAGACAAUGUUGAACUGCAGAUCAUCUUUUUCUUCUUGUUUCUAGCAAUUUACCUCUUUACCCUCAUGGGAAAUUUAGGAUUGAUUAUACUGGUCAUUGGGGAUUCCAGGCUUCACAACCCCAUGUACUAUUUUCUGAGUGUGUUGUCUUCUGUGGAUGCCUUGUUUUCCUCAGUUAUUACACCAUAUAUGCUAUUAGAUUUUAUGUCAAAAGAUAAAGUCAUUUCAGUCCCUGGAUGUGCAGCACAGAUGUUUCUUGCUGUUACUUUUGGAACCACAGAAUGCUUUCUCUUGGCUGCAAUGGCCUAUGAUCGCUAUGUGGCCAUCUACAACCCACUACUGUAUUCAGUGAGCAUGUCACCCAGGGUCUACGUGUCACUCAUCAUUGCUUCCUAUAUCGGUUGCAUUUUACAUGCUACAACACACAUAGUGGCCACAUUCAGCCUGUCUUUCUGUGGAUCCAAUGAAAUUAGACAUUUCUUUUGUGAUAUCCCUCCUCUCCUCGCCAUUUCUUGUUCUGAUACUCACACUAACCAGCUGCUACUCUUCUACUUUACUGGCUCUAUUGAGAUAUCCACUAUCCUAAUAGUCCUGUUCUCCUAUGGUUUCAUUCUGGUGUCCAUUCUGAAGAUGCACUCUGCUGAAGGGAAACAAAAAGUGUUCUCUACANGUUUAAGGAACAAUGAUGUAAAAUUGGCAAUUCAGAAAGUUUUGGGGAAAAAUUGUUUUAUCAAUAAAGUUCACUUUUUACAUUGA